UGAAAAUUCCAAAUAAAAGGGGAAAAAAGAAAAAAAAGGAAAGAAUAUGAAAAGUAAAACAGGACCCAGCUACGAAAUUUUCUACUCUCAUCAUUUCAGAAAAAAAAGAACAGAGAACGAAGCCCAGAUUCUCUUUCUUCUCCAUUCAUUCCAAAAAAGAAAGAAAGAAAAAAAAUGCUGACACCCAAGAAAUCCAUCCCCCAACUUCUCUUCUAUCUCAUUCUCACAUUCUUCUUCUCUCUAACUUCAACUCAGUCUACAUCCGAAACUCCCACACCAGCGUUCUUCUGUGGCAAAAUCAAAAUACAAAACCUUACCACACCUUCUCCUUUGAAUUCCAUUCUCCUUUGCAAAUCCCAAAACCUGUAUUUCAGAACCUCUCUAGGCCUCUUCCCAGUCUCCUCCAUAGACUACGGAGCCCAAACACUCACGAUCUCUCACCCAUCUUGCUCUCCUUCUCUUCACUUCAUCUCCCCUUCUCUUCUCUCAUCUGGUUUCCCUCCUCCUCCCAAACCCAAUUCCCUUCUCCUCUUCAACUGCUACAACAGUAGAGAAAAGCCCAUGUCUUCUUUUCUUCAGAACUGCAGCCAUUCCUAUAACUGUAGUGCUCAGGAACGAGAUCUUGAGAGGCCCUUUUCUUGCUUGCUUGUGGAUGACUCUGACAAUUUGGAAUUGGGUUUUCAUCCAAAGAAUCUCAACUGUUCUCAUUACAGGAGAGUGUACAGAUCUUCAUCUUCGUCUGCCAUUGAAGGAUUUGAGGGAGGGACAAGGGUCUCUUUUGGGAUUCCUGACCAUAUUCCAAGGGUCUGUGAUGAGUGCUCUAAGCCAGAUGGGAACUGUGGAAUUGGGCUGAGGUGCAUGUGCCACCCAAAAGAGUGUAGGUGCAUCAACGGUGCAAAUCAAUACAAAUGAUACAUUUCAAAUCUCUCUCUAUAUUGCCAGAGAACAGGGUUUUUUCUGGUGGGGUAUCCAGGGACCCUUUUGAUAACCUGAUGCUGAUCUCGUUCUUUACUCUUAUGGUGGUUUAUUUGAUGGGUUGGAUGUGAUAAAAUGGGACUGAAGUUGGUGAGAGUGAUGACUACUGUUUUCUUUCAAUUUUUGAUGCUAAAUUAAAAUAUAAUUUCAGAUGAGAGAUUACUGAAAAUUUUCUUAGCUGUACAA